UUCAUUUCCAAUCCACCAUGUGGCACAGUCGUGUAUUUAUGAUACAACCUAUAUAUCAGCCAUAGUAUUAGUAUUACUACUCUUUUAAUUUCAUCACUCCACAAACCCCAUAUCCAUCCAUAUUCCAUGGCAACCCAACCAAAACUCCUCCCUCUCCUUCUCUUCCUUCUCUCACUAUGCUUCGCCGGAGCUGUCAGAUCGGAGGAAGAUUGUGUGUACACGGUGUACGUUCGGACAGGAUCAAUCAUAAAGGGAGGAACCGAUUCCGUUAUUGGGCUGAAGCUAUACAGCGGGAACGGGUACUACAUAUACAUCACGGACCUGGAGGCAUGGGGCGGGUUAAUGGAUCCGGGCCACAACUACUACGAGCGCGGCAACCUCGACAUAUUCAGCGGCAGAGGGCCUUGUUUGGAAGGGCCCGUUUGCGCGGUCAACUUAACUUCUGAUGGGUCGGGCCCACAUCACGGCUGGUACGUUAACUACGUGGAGGUCACCACCACCGGGGUUCACAAAUCCUGCUCUCAGCAGCAGUUCACGGUGGAGCAGUGGCUAGCCACCGACACCUCGCCCUAUGAGCUAUGGGCUGUCAGGAACUACUGUGACUACAGUUUGGGCCAGGCCCGUUCUCAAAUCAACAUCGCCCAUGCGGCCACGUCUCGGGCUGGGCCCAUGUCUGGUUUCUCUAUUAUGGCCCGCCAGUAGUGGUAUUAAGUGGUUGUUACAUAAUGUUUCAAGAGUGGAGGUGAUUUCUGAUGUGUGGUUAGUUUGCGAUGUGAUGUGGUCAUAGUCAUACAUAGGCUUGUUCUGGAUCAAUCGCCAAUGGGUUUCUUAGUGUAGAACCCCUUUUAUUUGUAUUAUAGUAUUAUUGAUGAAUAAAGAAGAUGGGUUUUCAGUUUGUGUUA